AGCGACCCCACGCCCACUCUUGUUAUGUCUUCCAGCACAGCCGCCAACCGCGACGACCAGAUUGCACAGCUUGCAGGCCUGACUGGUGUAGCUCCCGCAGAGGCUGAACGAUACCUCGACGCAGCCAACGGCGACCUCCAAGUCGCCGCCGAACUCUUCUACGAACAAUCAGCAGAGGCAGAACAGCGCUCAGACACGGAAAUGGCAGGCGACGACCAAACUACAGAUCCUACCCCAAACCCGCCCCAGCAGCCGGCCCCUGGUGGCGGCCGCACCCUUGGAGGCGCAUACGUUCCACCAACCGAGGCUUCCUCGUCCUCGUCCUCGCGACAACAGUCCACCCAGCGACAGGCGCCGCAGCAGCGCGGUGUGGCGGGGCUCAGGACGCUCAAGGACCUGCAGUCCUCAGGUGGCGGCAGCGGACACGCUCACGCUCACGCUCACGCUCACGAUGACGACGACUCAGACGACGACUACAAGGACGACGAGAAUCAGGACUUCUUCGCGGGAGGAGAGAAGUCUGGUCUCGCUGUUCAGAACCCCAACCAAGCAAACCCUCGAGACCACAUCAACAACAUCCUGAAGAGGGCGCGGCAAAACGCUCCUCGACCAGGUGGCGACGACGAGCGGCCGACUUCGCGCUUCACAGGCGGUGGUAACACGCUUGGCGGCGACGACACUCCCUCGCGACACAUUCCUGAUCCCACCGCCAGCCAAGCCGCACCUCAGCCGCGUGCUCAUCGCGAACUUCACCUUUGGCGCGACGGCUUCUCGGUCGACGAUGGAGCCCUCUUCCGCUACGACGACCCAGCGAAUGCGCGCACCCUCGAGAUGAUCAACACAGGCCAUGCCCCGCUUCAUAUCCUGAAUGUCGAGCAUGGACAGGAGGUCGAUGUUGAGGUACACGCGCACAAGGACGAGGACUACAAGCAGCCGAAGAAGAAGUAUGUUCCCUUCGGGGGCUCUGGCCAGCGACUCGGUAGUCCAACGCCCGGCGCAAGCACUUCGGCUGCACCUCCUGCAGCUUCCCCAAGUACGACAUCUGCCUCGGCCUCAACUGGCUCGGCGCAACCAUCCGUCAAUGUCGAUACUUCCGCGCCUACGGUGACACUGCAGAUUCGCCUCGGUGACGGCACACGCAUGCAGUCCCGCUUCAACACCACCCACACAAUCGGCGACGUCUACGACUUUGUAGACCGUGCCAGUACCGACGGCCGCGCAUAUGCACUCAUGACAACGUUUCCUUCAAAAGAAUUGACAGACAAGGCUCAGGCUCUAGGCGACAUGGCCGAGUUCAAGCGCGGAGGCGUGGUCGUGCAGAAGUGGAAAUAGGCAACCCGCACAGUCAAGCCGGAGGACAUCUUUGUGAAGGGUCCUCGGCGUUGGAAGCGAUGAAUGUGGGG